UUUGACAGCACAACUGAUGUUCCUCCCAAGUCAAGCCAGGACUUGGAAAGUGCUGAUUAUUCUUCAUUGAAGCCAAAAGCUGGGACUGCAGAUUUUCUUGUUCAACUUGAGAAUAGAAGAUCCAUUAAGGUGUUUGGUAAGAGCACAGUCAUUGGAUUGUUCAUAACUUUCUUUGCUGGUGUUUGCUUUUCUCUCUUCUCACCGGCAUUCAAUUUGGCAACAAACGAUCAAUGGCACACUCUAAAGGACGGCGUUCCGCACUUGGCGGUCUACACUGCGUUCUUCUACUUCUCGGUCUCUUGUUUCGUCAUAGCCAUCGUUCUCAACGUCGUCUUCCUUUACCACCCUGUACUUAACUCGCCAAAAACAACAUUCAAGGCAUAUGUGAAUGACUGGAAUGGUAGAGGAUGGGCCUUCUUGGCUGGAUUCUUGUGUGGCUUUGGCAAUGGUCUGCAGUUUAUGGGUGGUCAAGCUGCUGGUUAUGCAGCAGCAGAUGCUGUGCAGGCGCUUCCACUCGUGAGCACGUUUUGGGGAAUCCUUCUAUUUGGAGAAUACCGUAGAUCGUCCAAGAAAACAUAUGCUUUGCUAAUCAGCAUGUUGUUAAUGUUCAUGGUGGCUGUUGGGGUCCUAAUGGCUUCGUCAGGACAUAGAACUGAAAGUUGAUAUUGCAAAAGCGUAGAAGAACUGUACAAAAUGAAAGCACAUCUUCAAAACUCACAAGGAAAUUAUCACAGCCUUAGAUACCAUACUAAAACAAAAGCAUCAUGAUAGUUGUAGAAUGAUUCAGUAAUAGAAGGCAAUCACUGUUGUUCAAAAUGUGGAAAUUGUUCCUCUGUAGAAUGUAAUAAUAUUUCAGAAACUUUGUGUAAUAAAGUAUACAGUUUUCACAGAAAUGGGAUUGGUUUUCUGUCUCGGAAUGAAAGAGAUCUGGCUUGUAA